AUGUCGCUGGUCUCAUUGAAAAAACCGCAGACGCCAGAUCAAUGCAUCGUACAUCGAUACGUAAGCCUGCCCGACCUAAACGACUGGACAAUUCAGGAUGCAAUGUAUGAAUGCCUGUAUACCGACAUGUCCCCUCGACGAUCUACAAUCGGCAUCCCUAGAACCCAAUGGAUCUCCGGAUCCCGACUCAACAACCAGAACGGCGGGGUCGGCGCUGAAUGGAUAAUGUCGCGACUUGAAGGCGAAACGCGCAAGAAAAAAAGAGGGGCUCUGCGGGUGAGUCUCCGACUCCGCUACUACGGGUUUCUGCGCUUCUACAUUGACUAG